UUUCUGAGCCUAGAACCACUGAUUCGUGAUCAGUUUAAGUAAAACCUAUAAAAACAAUUAAGAAUGGGGUUGGGCAAGGAAACUGAUCCCAGAUCAAGCUAUCCAGGAGGGUCACUGUUCAUAGUGCAGGUAGAAGGUUAAACUUUUAAGUGUAGUGAAUUUACGAAGUCAUAAUGCCGUUCAUUGACUUAGAAAGCAACUUACCUGCGAGUAAAUUUCCCGAGGAGUUUCUGAAAAAGCUGUGCUCCACUACAGCUGCUGUCCUUGGGAAACCCGAGGAUAGGAUGAACUUGUCAGUUAAGCCUGGGCUGGCAAUGCUGGUGGCUGGAUCCAGUGCACCGUGCAUCCUGCUCAAGGUGUCUGCCAUCGGAGUGACAGACACAGCCGAGAAAAACAAGGAGAACAGUGGCCAGAUAUUCAAGUUCCUAACAGAGGAGCUGGGACUCAGUGAAGACAGGAUUGCGAUCAGAUUCUAUCCUUUAGAGCCAUGGCAAGUGGGAAAGAAGGGAACUGUGAUGACUUUCCUGUAGACAGCACGCGCCAGUUUGCCACCGGAAAUCCAGUCCAGCCUUUGCCGAUCAAGUAAUAAAGCGCACCACCGCCCCCUGGUGGUGCUUUAAAGAUG